AUGACCGAUAUUGAGCGAGAGUCGGAAACGGAUAGCUCAAUCAAAGCUGUCAAGAUUGCUUUGCAACAGGGUGUAUGGAGUAACGAUGCCACUCCCUUCAAAGUGUUUGAGACUGAGCUAUGCUUCGCUGGAAAAAUAUUAUUGCGUGGAACAAGAAUGGUUAUGCCACAGAGCAUGAGAAGGCAAACACUUGACUUGGCGCAUGAGGGUCAUCCGGGCAUCUCAUUGAUGAAGCAACGACUUCGAGCAAAGGUAUGGUGGCCAAAACUAGAUACACAAGUUGAAGCAUACGUCAAAAACUGCCGAGGAUGUAUACUAGUAGCGGCCCCUGCUGCUCCUGAGCCGAUGAAGCGUAGAGAGCUUCCAUCUGCACCUUGGCAUCACUUGGCAAUUGAUUAUCUGGGCCCACUACCUUCGGGGCAUUAUUUAUUAGUGGUGGUGGAUUAUUUCAGCCGUUAUAUUGAGGUUGAGGUUACGAAGAAAACAGAUUCUGCUGAGACCAUCAAGCGGUUGGACCCGAUAUUUGCUCGUUUCGGUAACCCAUUUUCCAUCACAGCGGACAAUGGUCGACAAUUUAUAAGCGAGGAGUUCAAAGACUAUUGUGUUUCGAAGGACAUCAAGCUAAUUCAUACAACUCCAUAUUGGCCGCAACAAAACGGUGAAGUGGAGCGACAAAAUCGAUCCAUUCUGAAGAGGCUUACGAUCAGCCAGGCAACCAAUGCUGAUUGGGAAGUGGAACUGAAUAAGUAUUUACUGAUGUAUCGUUCCACCCCCCACUCAACAACUGGAAAAACGCCAUCGGAAAUGCUCCUUGGUUACAAUAUCCGUGAUAAGGUUCCAUCCAUUCAACCGAAGGAUAUUGAUGAGGAAGUUGUUGAUAGAGACAAGGAGAAAAAAGAUAAGGGAAAAACAUAUGCCGAUGAGCGACGUAAUGCUAGACCGAAUCAUAUUGCUGAAGGAGAUACAGUAUUGUUGAAAAGGAUGACGAAGGCCAACAAGUUGUCAUCGAAUUUUGAUCCUGAGGUAUUUAGAGUAAUCAAAAGAAAAGGCGGAGAUGUCGUGGUUGCCUCAGAAGAGUCUGGAGUCGAAUAUCGCAGGCACGUUUCUCAUUUACAGCGCAUCAACAUCGAUACUGAAACCUCAACCAUUGAACCGGAUACGAACCAGCCAUCAUCAUCAUCAGGACCAACCCCAAGCAGUGAAAAACAGACAUGUGAAUCUACAACAAGCUCUGAGCCAAGAACCAAGCGGACAACACGCCAGCCAACGUAUUUGCAGGAUUAUAUUCACCAUACUUAA